AUGCACCACGCUCUACACUUACCGGAAAUAAGGCAGGAGAUAUGUGACCAGGUCGAAACCCUGGACUCCCUCACAGUCCUAGCUCGGAUCUGCACCGCGUUCAAAGUGCCUUCACUCAACAGAAUAUGGUCCGGUGUCAUUCAACCCGUCCGCAUGGAGGAUAUCCUGAAUGUCAUGUCGGAUGCAGCCGAGAGAGAUGACAAGCGUAUCAUGGUCGAUCUUGUCCUGACAAAAGAUAAAGACUGGUCUCCCGCGUAUCUGCGACAAACCCUUGCGAAGACUGGUGUCCCCACCUUCCAGUUUACAGCGAACUUUCCCAAGACUUCACCACCUACACCUGGCGAGGUCUUCCGAAACUGUGAAAACGCCACACAGGUAUUACAGUGCGCCAUGGAGCGUUGUCCGCAAUUGGAAGUCCUAGAAGUGGUCGAGCGACUUCCUCCACACUCUGCAGUGGACCGGCGUAUCCUCAUCGGCGCUAUAUCCCACACUGUAGGGAGAUUGCCUCUGCUUACCAAACUUCAAAGCCCCGAUCUGAGGCGCUUUGCUUUCGUCAACACGCACCUAUCGUCUUCGCUCCGCGAGUUGACUCUUACAUGUAUGGAGAUGCUGGCGGUGUUUGAUACUCAGAAUGAUCCGGUACAGAAACUUCCUGACGGAGCUUUGAGAAAUGUCAGAAACCUGGAGCUUUCCCCAAGAGACAUUGAUGAUGCAGUCACCCUCUUACGCAUGAUCUCACCCUCGUUGGCAAAACUCAAGGUCGCAACCUCUGCGUUUCCUCUUUCCCACAUAACCACUAUAUUCUGGCUACUCUCUCAGCCUCACCAACUCCCGUCAGCGCUCGAAGAGCUGGUGAUCGAAGGAGAUGCGAUGAUAUAUGACCUUCCCUCGUAUCCUGUCACAUUCACGAUGGAGGCCCUUCGUCCGCUCACGUACCACCGGCGCUUGCGGAAGCUAUCGCUUCGCGUUGGGUACCACAUCAUGCUAACGCUCGACGAUGUGCAGGAGCUCGCGAUGGCUUGGCCAAACCUUGAAGAUCUCACGAUCGCUUCCGGUCCCUCGUCAUCGCUGACAAUCGAGUCCGUUGCGCUCUUUUCCCAGCAUUGCCCGAAGCUGGUGCACAUCUCCUUACCUAUAUAUUAAUGCAUCUGCUUCUCCUGCCACGACUUUGAUGGAGCCAGCCUUGGUGCGCGUUAGAGAGGCUAAGCUGGAGGUGCGUGAUAUGCGCAACGCCAGGGACUACGCCUGCACGUUAGCCAACACGCUUCCCUCACCCGACACGUUAUGUCUCUUCCCGACUCAUCAGGAUUUUGACAUGCGCAUUAACCGC